UUAAUUACGUUUUUGUCCUUGACAUUGAGACCACGGCAGCGGAUCGCAGAGCAGCGAUUUGUCAGCGUUUUAAAACGCCAGUGUAAUUGUGACGCGUUUUCCGCAGAAUAACUCGAGUUGAUUGUUUAGGCGACAUGCGGUUCUAUAUAACGACCCAUUUGCCGCCCAUCCUGCUCGCUUUGAUCUGCCUGGGGACACGCCCCCCACCCAUCGGGGCGGCUAGGGGCGGAUCACCUGUUGUGGUCAUCGAUGAGGAUGACGAAACCAUGGAGUACGCCCCGAAUUAUGAGCAUCAGGGCUACGCCUUCAGCUACGGAGUCAAGGAUCUGCACACUGGGGAUGUGAAGUCCCAGUGGGAGUCCCGCGAUGGCGAUGGCGUCAAGGGUCACUACAGCGUACUGGAACCAGACGGCUCCAUUCGAACGGUUCACUACACAGCAGAUGCCAAGAAGGGAUUCAAUGCGGUUGUCAAGACAGUGGGGGCUAAUUCGCAUCCCAUCACAGAGAGCCCGGAGGGCAGUAACCAAGUAAACGAUGACACCUCGCAGUCAAAGAUCAACCACUACAGCAAGGAUCAGGAGCACAUUGUGCUCAGUUCGGACAUCAAGCCUCUGAAGAGGCCCAUCGAGGACUUGACCCACUCCCAUCCGAAGGUACCCAGCUUGAUUGAGAUCAAGCCGCACGCCAGGAUCAAGCAGGUGCCCAUGGACAUGGAUCCCGGUAUCAGGGACCGUCUGCAGCAGGCCAGGGAUAAUUACUACAAGCAAAUAGCCGCUGCCCAUAAACUAGAGGACUACUCCCAGAAACUUCAGCCCACUUACGCGGUGCAGGAGGGCGAUUGGAAGGCGGUGAUCGUGAAUGAGCCGAAUGAGUACCGACCCCAUUACACCACCGGAUCACCUGCGCACUCCCAUUUCUACGACCACUACAAGCCCAAGGAGAUCCCCCACAACUACAUACACAAGCCGUCGGUUCCACAGCAAUCCCUCCACACUAGUUUCUCCCCCUCAAAGCCCAGGGUUAGCAUCUCCGAGAGCAUUCCCAACCACAUUCAUCAGAAGAAGGUGGUUCACACCACGCCGGGCUUGAAGCACUACAAGUACAAGGGCGUGUCCAAGUCCUACUCCCGACCCGAUUACUCCAGCUACUUCCACCGCAAGCCCAAGAAGCUGCGUCCCCAGUAUCCCAAGCAAAAGCCACGCGUCCACAGACCAGAGAAUUCAGGUCCAGUCCUCUUCCCAAAGAGCCUAGAUGACGAGUUUGAGGACUUCGAGGAGGACGAACAGGGAGCGGCGUCGGCCACUAUGGUCCAGAACAUGGUGCGCAAGGACAAGAAGCACAUGGUGCCCAUGUAUGCGGGUGGCCACAGCUUCGACUCCGGCAGCUACCGCUCCUUGGAAGGAGUGUAGGGUUAAGAGUGAAUCCCUCCGAGUAUUUCCCAUCUCUAUUUAUUUCGUUCGUUCUACGAUUAAUUUAUUUGCUUAGUUAUGUAAUUUUUAGAUAUUGUUUGUCCAAUAAAAAAUGACUAAAAACACGCAA